GGUGUCAACUGUAUUGACACACCAGGUAUCAAUAUCAAUCAUGCCACUAAUGUGAAAAAUCUUGGAGAGUUUUUAAAAGAUUACAGUGAUAAAGUUGGACCAACUGUGUGGCUUAUGUGGAUAAAAAACUGGUGCUGUUAUGCAGAAGUAUACCACGCGGCAACUUGAUUGCAACACAAAACGUUGCUCCCAACAGAUAUGGCAACAUAUAAUGAUGGAUUUGCUAAAAGGCAGAAGAUAUUAUAAGCAUCAACUGCUGCUGCUCCUGUCAAUGUCAUCAUACAGCUAA